AUGCCAAUGCGGAAAAGCCCAGCCGCAUUUUGGUUUUUCCAACGAUGCGCGGCCUACAUGUUGCAGUCAGUGCAAAAAGGAAGACUGGGAAACAUCAUUAGUCGCAGGUGCAAGUGUGACACAGCCGUGCCUUGUUUUGGCUAUGCUGGCGAUGCCCGCGCCACGUGCUGCAGCAAGUGCAAGCGUGAAGGCAUGGUAGACAUCAAGAAUCUACGGUGCAACUGUGGUAAAGCCCGGCCUUCUUUUGGCUUCAGCGAUGAUGUGCGACCCACUUGCUGCAAGCAGUGCAAGGCAGCUGAGAUGGUGGACAUCAGAAGUCCAAGAUGCAAGAUAUGCAACAAGCUAGCCUUUUAUCCAGAUGAAGUUGGUCGCCCGCGACAGCUUUGCGCAGCCCAUUCUGCCGAAGUGGGAGCCCACACGCGGUCGCCCCCUGGUCGAUCCCGGAUUGCCAGUGAGUGCUUUGAUGCUUUGGAGGCCGAGUGGGGCUACAAGCUGCCCUUCCGCUACAGAUUUGACACAACUACUGGCACUUGGUCCGGUGAAGAGUUUGCAGGGCUGGUGCCAAGUCGAAACCUGCAGCCGGACGCCUACGACCCAGAGGCCCGCAAAAUAUUCGAGUUUCUGGGAAAUUACUGCCACGGAUUCCCCCCGGAGCAUCCGCAGCACGACAGUUUCGUGUGCGUGAGUGGCCGACCUGCAGCUGAGCUGCACGCAGAGACCAUGGCACGCCUGGACUUGUUCCUGGCAGAGGGCUUUGAGGUGGUCUACAUGUGGGAGCAUGAUUUCAUCCAGUGGCAGAGGGAAGUCGCCUCGGGCACGUCCCUUGCCCUUGCCACGCAGUUGAACCAGCAUGGCACUGCCGCUGACAAAAAGAAGCUCGCGGCACGCGCAGACGUUGGUGAACGCGUGCUGGGAGGACUCAGGUCUUGGUCUGUGGUGGGCUGUUUGUGCACAUGGUAUCGUUGA